CGGGCUGACUGGGUUUCCCGCGCGUUCCUGGCACCUGCCUGCGGUGGGAGGCGCAGGCCGAGCCAUGUCGGAGAUCCUGUGCCAGUGGCUCAACCAGGAGUUGAAGGUGUCCCAGACCGUGAGUCCCAAGUCAUUUGCAAAGGCAUUUUCCAAUGGCUAUCUAAUUGGAGAAGUUUUGCACAAGUUUGCACUUCAGGAUGAUUUUGCAGAAUUUUCAGAAAGCAGGAUUUCAAGUGCCAAACUUAAUAAUUUUUCUCGCUUGGAGCCCACACUUCACCUUCUGGGUGUGCAGUUUGAUCAGAACGUGGCCCACAAUAUCAUCACAGAAAAGCCUGGGGCAGCCACAAAACUCUUAUAUCAAUUGUACAUUGCUCUCCAGAGAAAAAAGAAAAGUGUGCUGACUGGAGUGGAAAUGCAAACCAUGCAACCCCUGACAAAUACAAAAGUUCAAAACAUGAAAAGCGAGACUUUUCGAGAUCAAUGCUUGAGCAGAAGACGACAAAAUGAAAUAAUGGCUAAAAUCCAAGCAGCUAUCAUACAGAUUCCUAAACCCGCAUCAAACCGUAUUCUGAAAGCACUUGACACUCAAAAAACGUUGAAAAAGAAAACAGAGGCAGAGGAUGUGGCCAAUGAGAUUAAGAAGUUUGAAGCAUUAAUAAAAAAGGAUCUCCAAGCAAAAGAAAGCGCAUCCAAGACUUCUUUAGAUACAACAGGCCAGACAACUGCUGAUUUGUUAAACACUUAUUCGGAUGAUGACUACAUUAAAAAAAUCCAGAAGCGCCUCGAAGAAGAUGCUUUUGCACGAGAGCAAAGAGAGAAAAGACGGCGGAGACUCUUAAUGGACCAGUUAAUAGCCCACGAAGCACAAGAGGAGGCUUAUCGGGAGGAGCAGCUGAUCCACCGGCUGAUGCGACAGUCCCAGCAGGAGCGCAGGAUCGCCGUGCAGCUCAUGCACGUUCGGCACGAAAAGGAAGUUUUACGGCAAAACAGAAUUUUCAGAGAAAAACAAUAUGAGGAAAGACGGCUUAAAGAUUUCCAGGAUGCUCUCGAUCGAGAAGCGGCUUUGGCCAGACAAGCCAAGAUUGAUUUUGAAGAACAAGCCCUCAGAGUUAAGGAAAUUCAUGAGCAGAUUGCCGUGGAAAGGGUUCAAGCUCGUUACAGAAAGCAUUAUUCAAUAUGUGCAGAAAUUUUGGAUCAAAUCCUUGAUUUGUCCACUAAAGUGGCGGACUAUCGAAUGUUGACAAAUAACCUGAUUCCAUAUAAGUUGAUGCAUGAUUGGAAGGAACUGUUUUUUAAUGGAAAGCCCAUAUAUGAGCAAGCGUCUCUUAAGCAUCUACCAGCUAAGCUCUCUGCAGAACAGCUUAUAGAACUGGAGAAAAGGGACUUGCUAGAUAACAAUGAUUAUGAAGACUAUAAGGUAUCUACUGAUGUGGAAUAAUUAAAGAGGAUGCAACAUAAUAAAUAGUGUUGCUUUAGCAUUAAUUUUGUGAUAUUAUUUCUUUUCAUCUCUACUAAUGAAACUGGACAUUUUAUGUUUACAUUUUCCCUUGGUUUAAUUUGUAUUUAUAGCACUAACUUUUAAAUACCUAACCUAUGCGUAAUCUAUUAUCUGUUACUUCCAGUAAUACUAGAGGGUGGCCUGAAAAAAAAUUACACAUAAUACA